UGACGCACCUGUUGCUUGCCGCGCACACAGGUGGCGGGCCUGGCUGCUUGUAUGUUGCAGGAGGUGGAGGAGAGGAGCACGCGAAUUUGCUGAAUCCGAUAGCGGAGGGAAGAUUGUCUUCAAGAUGAGGACUGCAUUGCUUUGUUUUGCUUUGGGGGUGAUGCUGCGAGGAAUUGAGGCGAAGGAUUGUGCGUGUACUGGGAAGUCGAUGUGUCACUGUGAAGGAGUCAAAGCCAUUAAGGGAGAAACGGGUUGUGCAGGAAAGACGGGUCCACCUGGGUUGGUUGGGUAUCCAGGCUCAGAGGGUCACCCUGGACCAGUGGGGCCAAAGGGAGAUGUGGGCCCUCAUGGACCUCCAGGGACAGAUGGCAAUCGGGGACCUGAAGGUAAAGAAGGAUUUGCUGGGACAACAGGUCUACCGGGCAUCCCAGGCCUUCAAGGACCAAUGGGCCAACCAGGUUCCCCAGGAUGCAAUGGGACAGAGGGUGAGAGAGGUCCCACUGGUCCAGCUGGUCCCCGUGGUGGUGAUGGAUUAAGAGGUUUACCUGGAGCACCUGGACCAAAGGGUGAAUCCCAAAUGUCAAUUGGGAUUGGACAGUCAGGGAGUCCUGGACCCCGAGGAAGGGAUGGUGACCAGGGUGUCCAUGGGGUACCAGGACCGACAGGACAACAAGGGGAUGUUGGACCCCGUGGCGUCGUUGGAUUGCUAGGCCUACCCGGGGCUCCGGGGUUAAAGGGUCAAGAGGGACGCAGCUCCAGUAUCCCUGGCUCUGGUGGUCCAAAGGGACACCAAGGGCCCCCUGGAGUCCCGGGACCCAAAGGGAUCAAGCUAUAUGCCCACGCUCCCUCCGAUAUGAAGGGGGAGAUGGGAGAUCUGGGUGAGAAGGGCUGUAACGGUUCACCUGGUUAUGCUGGCCACGGCAACUUUAAAGGAUCAAAAGGGGACCAAGGGGGCAUUGGUGCUGAGGGAAGACCAGGGAAAGAUGGGCAACAAGGACCCGCUGGACAUGAGGGGAGAAAGGGGAAUCACGGUUUAGCAGGACCUGAUGGAAUACCUGGACCAUGGGGACAGAAGGGCGACCAGGGUCAAGACGGAGACCCUGGGGAGGGGACCAUGAUUGGCGGUGUCGUAAUUGGCCCCAAAGGACAACCAGGAUUUACUGGCCCCCCGGGGCCCACUGGGGUUACUGGCCCCCCAGGUGUCACUGGUUUCCAGGGUUCUCCUGGGCCUCCAGCUCCUAACUACGGAGGAGAUCCCUACAAUCCGGGAGCGAAGGGCCACAGUGGACCUAAAGGGGAUAGAGGAGACCCAGGACCCAUCAUCCACGGAGAGCCAGGCAGGGAGGGCUCAAAAGGAACAACUGGGGAAAGUGGAGACCCUGGACCCCCGGGACCACCUGGAGACUUAAAUAAUCCGAAGGGCUUUAUAGGACCUCCGGGGGCAAAGGGAGCCAAGGGCGAACAAGGGUACAGUGGCCAAUAUGGAUUGAAAGGUCAGAAAGGAGAGGUCUGUAGUUCGUGUACGGGGCCCCCAGGACCCCCUGGUCAGCCUGGACUCCCAGGCUUUAGUGCAGGACCAGGGCCCAAAGGAGAGCCAGGAUUCAAAGGACCCUCAGGAUCACCUGGACAACUGGGUCUCCACGGCCCUUCGGGUGUUCCAGGACCCCCAGGGACAAAAGGAAAUUCAGGUUCCGGCAUCCACCAGGGGAUAAAGGGAGAGAAAGGAGCCCCAGGACCAGCUGGCAGAUCAGGGCUGGAUGGCCUACAUGGGGCCCCUGGCUUCCCUGGACGCAAGGGCCAACAAGGCCCUAAGGGUGAUCCAUACUAUGGACCACUGGGUCUGAAGGGAGAUAUUGGUGUCCCAGGCCCUCCUGGGCCACAGGGAUACCCAGGACCAGACGGCUCACCAGGUCCAGUAGGCAUAGGACCGCUUGGCUCCUCAGGACCUAAAGGCAAUAGUGGGGUACCAGGUCUGACUGGCACACCUGGUAACCCAGGUCAGAAGGGUGAGCCCUGCAGCAGAGUGGCUGACCAGGGAGUCCCAGGCCCACUGGGAAAGGAGGGGCUGCCGGGAGAUACGGGGCCCCCCAGGUGA